UUGUUGUUCAAUGGACAAAGCACCCUGAAACCCUAGAUUUCUUCCCCAAAUUCAAUCUCUCCCUCGGGGAUUUUGGGUCUUGGAGGAACUUAAAAAAGGGUUUUCGAUCGGCAGAGGAAUCGAUCGACCUUUGCAGCGGAGAAUCAAAUCUCCGUAGAUCUGACUCAGAAGGUAAAAGGUGCAUUGUGCAUAUAUUUGAUGGAUGAUGACUGUUCGGAUGGAUAACUUGGCUGCUCCUUCAUCACGGGAGCUUGUCCAACGUCUUCACAAGAAGAAUAUCGAGUUGGAGAAUAAGCACCGGAAGUCAGUGCAGGCAAGAAUUCCCUCAGAUCCCAAUGCAUGGCAACAUAUGCGUGAGAACUAUGAAGCCAUAAUUCUUGAGGAUCAUGAUUUUUCUGAACAACAUGAUAUAGAAUAUGCGCUAUGGCAGUUGCACUACAGGAGAAUUGAGGAGCUGAGAUCACAUCUCAGUGCUGCUCUAGCUUCUACAGGGUCGACCACUUCUCCAGGUGUGAAAGGACCCGCUCGUCCUGAUCGUGUUGCUAAAAUCCGUUCUCAGUUUAAAACUUUUCUUUCAGAAGCAACUGGAUUUUAUCAUGAUCUAAUAUUGAAAAUUAGAGCAAAAUAUGGGCUGCCUCUGGGUAAUUUCUCCGAUGAUCCGGAGAACCAAACCAUUAUGGCAAAGGAUGCAAAGAAGUCUGCUGAGAUAAAGAAAGGCUUUCUGUCCUGUCAUCGUUGUCUGAUAUAUUUGGGUGACCUUGCACGUUACAAAGGAUUAUAUGGGGAGGGUGAUUCUAAAGCUCGUGAUUAUGCAGCGGCUUCAAGUUACUACAUGCAAGCUGCCUCACUGUGGCCUUCGAGCGGCAACCCCCAUCAUCAGCUUGCAAUACUGGCUUCUUAUUCUGGAGAUGAGCUGGUGGCAAUUUACCGCUACUUUAGGAGUCUGGCAGUGGAUAAUCCUUUUACUACUGCAAGGGACAACUUGAUUAUCGCAUUUGAGAAGAACCGUCAGAGCUACUCACAGCUACCUGGGGAGACAAAGAAUUCUGUCAAGGUUGUUCCUGUGCGAAUGACUGGGAAAGGAAGAGGAAAAGGGGAAGCAAAAGUUUCAUCAAAAGAUACCAAACCUGAAGUCACUUCCAAGGAGAGAACAGCUACUACACAUGAGACUUUUAAAGCAUUUUGCAUUCGAUUUGUCCGGCUAAAUGGCAUUCUUUUCACACGGACUAGCUUGGAGACCUUUGGAGAAGUCUUCUCUUCAGUCACCAGCGAUCUGCAAGAGCUUCUUUCUUCUGGGCCAGAGGAGCUAAAUUUUGGUUCAGAUACUGUUGAAAAUGGUCUUGUCAUUGUUAGGCUUGUAGCGAUUCUUAUAUUCACAGUACAUAAUGUAAAUAGGGAUGUUGAAGGGCAAUCAUAUGCUGAGAUAUUACAGCGUUCAUUUCUACUUCAGAAUGCAUUCACUGCUGCAUUUGAGUUUAUGGGACACAUCCUAAAGAGAUGCAUACAUUUGCAGGAUCCUUCAUCAAGUUAUCUCCUGCCUGGUAUUUUGGUUUUUGUUGAAUGGUUAGCUUGUCGACCAGAUAUUGCAGCUGGCAAUGACUCCGAGGAAAAACAAGCUGCUGCUAGAUCAUUCUUUUGGAAUGAGUGCAUAUCCUUCCUAAACAAGCUCAUGUUGAACAGUUUAGUCUCUGUUGAUGAUGACAAAGAUGAGACUUGCUUUUUCAAUAUGAGCAGGUACGAUGAGGGGGAAACUGGCAACCGACUUGCAUUGUGGGAAGAUUUUGAGUUAAGGGGGUUCUUGCCUAUUCUUCCAGCGCAGCUAAUAUUGGAUUUCUCGAGAAAGCAUUCCAUCGGCAGUGAAGGUGGGAACGAGGAGAAAAAAGCUCGUGUUCAAAGGAUUAUAGCAGCCGGAAGGGCCCUUGCAAAUGUAGUACGGAUUGAUCAGCAAGGAGUAUAUUUUGACCAGAAGCUGAAGAAAUUUGCUAUUGGUGUUGAGCCUCAAAUGGCUGAUGAUUUCAUGCUUUCUAGUUCAGAUAUAACCAUGUCAAAUGGAAUGUCACCAGAUUUUCCUGUGGAUAAAAAAAUGAGUUUGGGUAUUGUGCAAUCAAAAGCACAGUAUGUGGAAGGAGAGGAAGAGGAUGAAGUGAUUGUGUUUAAGCCAACGGUUGCUGAGAAACCUGCCAGCAUGGUUGCUCCAAAGUGGCAGAUGCUUGAGACUACUGAAAAUGCUUCACGAGGUGAAUGGAGUAGUUAUAUGAGUACUCAUUCGGCCCCUCUGAAUAAUCUUUCAUUGCAGAAUGCUUUGGAUACCAGUUCUCAACCACCUGCUUCUUUUGCUAAUAUUAUCCCUCAGCAUCUGCAACCGAUUAAUAUAAGUGCUUCAAAGUGGCUUGCAGAAGAACAUGAUUCUCUUGCUAAUGGGAUUAUGAAUCUCGGCUUCGCUGGCAAUGGGCCAGUUCCCAAACAUGACAUGCAGGGUACCUUUGGUGUUGUACAGUCUCAUGCGCCUACACUUGCCCUUCCUCCUGUGAAUACAACUAAUAGAAAUAUGUUAUCUGGUCUAACAAAAGUCCCAGAGGCUGAGAUACCAUCAAAAUUUGAUUCGAUCAUGUCUUCAGGAGCAAUUGCUGAUAAUUUAAUGGUGAAGCUCUCGUCAGCCUUGCCACCAAAUUCAAGGAAGAACCCUGUGAGUCGACCAGUUAGGCAUUUUGGGCCUCCACCAGGUUUUAGUCCUUUUCCUCCCAAGCAUUUCGAUGAACCCAUGGCCGGUUCAGAUUUGAAGAAUGAAAAUUUACCAAUGGAUGAUUAUAGCUGGUUGGACGGAUAUCAGUUGUCAUCUUCGACCAACGGCAUCGCACAGAACUCUAUGAGUCAUAUGACAAAUUUGACCCCACAUCUCAUGAGCAGCAGUGGCUUGACUGGGGCAAUCAACUUCCCUUUUCCUGGAAAGCAAGCUCCUAAUGUGCAGGUGCAAGUGGAAAAUCAGAAAAUCUGGCAGGAGUACCAGCUUCAGGAGCAACUGAAACUAUACCAAGGACAGCAGCAUCAGCAGCAGCUCCAGCAUGGGAAUCAGCAAUUUACUCCGCUGCCGGAGCAAUACCAGGGACAGUCUUUGUGGGCUGGUCGUUUCUUUGUGUGAGGUCCUUGUCAGAGCAUAGCUGGUUGCCAAGAAUCUGUAAUGGUGAUUGCCCUGCAGCCUGGUGCUACUGGAUUCGGCCUCCGCCUUUCCUGCAGCCCUUUCAAUGUUACUAAGUUUCUGUUGGAGCAUGGAUGGUCUUGGAGUGCUGCGGGCACUUGCUUCUGAUACAGCGUGUGCCAUGCGUUCCAGACCGGAGGAACCCAGAUUGUUAAAGGGAUAAUAAUGAUUGGAUAUUCCUAAGAGUAAGUAAAUGCCUUGUCAAUGGGUUGGAGAUUCUUAAUGUUCAUCAACAUCUUGGACGGGUUUGGCGCCAUAUGUUCCAGGAAGUGUGGUGAAGUGAGAAGAAUAUUAAAUGCUAUUCUACUAAUGCUGUGGAACUGGUCUUGCUAUUGGAGCAAUGUUAAUUAGUCAUUGUCAUCAUCACUGUCAGCAGCAGUAGUAGGUGGCUGAUAUCAAGUUAGAUAUACCAUAUAUAGGGUUAGAGCUGCCUGCCUUUGAGAGGAGCAUCAAGUGCUUGAUAUUUGCAGGGGAGGGGGGGGUUGGGUUUGGUUAUGGAGAAGUCCAAUGGGACUUUGAAUGAUAAAUAAGUAAUGAA